GGCCGGGCCGGGCCUCGGGCCCUGAGGCGGCGGCGGCGGCGGCGGCGGCGAUGUUCGUGCAGGAGGAGAAGAUCUUCGCGGCGAAGGUGCUGCGGCUGCGCAUCUGCGCGCUGGACGGCGCCGAGUGGCUGGAGGAGGUGGCCGAGGACACGGCCAUCGAGCGCCUCAAGGAGCGCUGCCUCAAGCACUGCCUGCCGGGCAGCCUCGAAGACCCGAAAUGCGUGACGCACCACAAACUCAUCCACGCUGCUUCGGAGAAGGUGCUGAAUGACACCAAGACGGUCUCGGAGGAGAACAUUCAGGAUCGAGAUGUUUUGGUGCUAGUGAAGAAAAGAGCUCCACCAGCACCUCCCAAAAUGGCCGAUGUCUCUGCCGAGGAAAAGCGGAAGCAGGAGCAGAAGGCGCCCGACAAGGAGGCGAUCCUGAAAGCCACCACCAGCCUCCCCUCCCACAGCGUGGAUCGGAGCGUGGCCCACCACAACAUGAGAGACUUUCAGACGGAGCUUCGGAAAAUCUUGGUCUCACUCAUCGAAGUAGCCCAGAAGCUGCUAGCGCUGAACCCAGAUGCUGUCGAACUCUUCAAGAAGGCAAAUGCCAUGUUGGAUGAGGAUGACGACGACCGAGUGGACGAAAUUGCUCUGCGCCAGCUGACCGAGAUGGGCUUCCCCGAGAGCAGAGCCAUCAAAGCCCUUCGCCUCAGCCACAUGUCCGUGACUCAGGCCAUGGAGUGGCUCAUCGAGCACGCCGACGACCCCACGGUCGACGCCCCCAUGCCAGGCCACGUCCCCGUGGAAAGCGCAGCCGAAGAAGCAGGGUCUGCCAUCCCCCAGGCGGUCAACGGGGCCAGCUCAGCGGAGGAGCCCAAGGACGAGCUGACGGAAAUAUUCAAGAAGAUACGAAGGAAACGAGAGUUUCGUCCGGAUCCGCGGGCGGUGGCGGCCUUAAUGGAGAUGGGCUUUGACGAGAAAGAAGUGGUGGACGCCCUCAGGGUUAACAACAACCAGCAAAACGCCGCCUGCGAGUGGCUGCUGGGCGACCGGAAGCCGACCCCAGAAGAUUUAGACAAGGGGAUUGACCCUGCCAGUCCUCUUUUCCAAGCCAUCUUAGAAAACCCCGUGGUGCAGCUGGGGCUGACCAACCCUAAAACUCUACUCGCUUUUGAAGACAUGCUUGAGAACCCCUUGAAUAGCACGCAGUGGAUGAACGACCCCGAAACUGGGCCGGUCAUGUUACAGAUCUCCCGGAUCUUCCAGACCUUGAAUCGCACCUAGAGGGAUCCGGCUAUCUCCGCUCCGCUAUGUUGGAUUUUCCGCUUUGCUCCGAUCCCAGAAGGAAGCCGAGGCGCCGAUGGGCAGCCGAGCUCUUCGGGAAGGCGCCCGACGCGUGUUUUCUUUUGCCUUUUGAGUCUUUGGGUUGACGUGUUAACGGACUUUCGGUUUGGUUGCACUUCCGGCUUCCGCCCUGCGCCGUUUCUCUGUUUUUAGGUGGUGGUGGAGACAGUGGGAUGAGACGCCCUUUCCUUUUCUUUCAAGUGUUUCUAUUAAAAGAGAGAGAGAGAGAGAGAAAAUCAGAAAACGAUCCAUCCUUAUAAUCGGAAAUGGCGUUUGCAAUUAGGAAUCCAGCGAUUGGAAAAAUAAGACAGCCUCAUCCGUACGUGCAGAACUUCGGGAACGGCACAGGGCUCGUUUGCUCUUUCUCGGGACGUUUGGUUUCUCCUCUUAAGUUAUUUCUGUUGUAAAAUACAGAAGGAUUUUUAAACUGA